AUGACGAAGUGCCGGAGAGAGCCCGAUGCCAUGGACCUCCUCGAGGAGAUGAUGGCGCGGGGCGUGCUCCCAGACCUGCAGACCUUCUCCGGCCUGAUGGAGCACCUGGCCGGCGCCGGCGACCUCAAGGGCGUGCACCGGCUGCUCGGGCUGGUGCGGCAGUGCGAGCUGCUGUUAGAUAAGCCUAGCAUCUAUAUUUAG